UCCUCUUUAUGUUGUGAAGAAACUUGGCUAUGUUAAAAUCAAGCAAGGAUACAAGAUAUGCCAUUGACUCGGUUGUGACACAUGAAUGAAAAAUAUGGUCAUGAUGCUUAUCGAAAGUUGGAUGUGAUUGGUAUAGAUGAGUUCUGCUGCAAGGCUGCUGAUGAAGAUGGUAAAAUUGUGAUUGUUGCUGGCCUGGAUGGUGAUUACUUGAGGAAAAGCUUUGGUUCUGUGCUUCACAUAAUACCGCUUGCUGAUACUGAAUUAUGCUGCAAGCGUGCUUUCUUCACUCUCAGGAAGACACAAGAGACACAAACUGAACUGAUUGCUGGUUCUGAUGUCUACAUGCCAGUGUGCCGAUAUCACUAUAUUAACAGUGAAGUUGUCACUGAAACUUCAAAGAAUGUGUUGGAAUCUGUCAAACGCAACAAUGAUUCACUUCUUGAUGUAGCCACAAGGUUUUAGUGUGGAGAUACUUAAAACUUUCCCUAAAAUGAUUUUUGGAGCAUAUUGUCUACUGCUAUUGGUUAAUUCAACAAGUUAUCUUGGAAUUUUGGUUGUC